CGGCGUAGAACGCAGCGAGGACUCAGUUGCUCACGAGCACCCGCCGACCGAUGAACAUGGCUCCCUACACGUCGAAGAGCGCGAGUGCCGUGCUGGCGAUGUGCCGUAACGCGCUUCUUCUCCUCAUGGUCGCGGUCGUGGCUCUCGGCAGCGCGGACCACGCCGACAACGGCCUCAAAGUGGAGAAGCUCUACGUUCCUGAGGUAUGCGACGCCAGGUCGAAGAAGGGCGACCAGCUGACUAUGCACUAUACCGGCACGCUGCAGGAUGGGAGCAAGUUCGACUCAAGGUCAGUGGUACCUCGCGCUAAAAGGAUACAGAGUUCCGAUGCGUUGCGCGAGACUACGCAAGGCCGCGAUUCAGUCCCCCCCCCCCCCCUUGCCGCUCUCGCUGAGGUAGAUGGGUGACACGUUGCGCAGAGG